UCUUCAUUACUCAUUCUCUCAGCUCAGCUCUCUCUCUCUCACUUCACACACUUUUUCUCUCUCCGAACCAAAAAAAAAUGGCGUUACUCACUCGCAUUGUCUUCUUCUUCUUCACUUUGCUAACCUCAACUCUCCUCAGCUCAUCUUCACCAGUUCCAGACCCAGAACGAGUAGUCGAAGAAGUUCACAAGAGUAUCGUUAAUGCCACUCGUGCCCGGAGGAAUUUGGGUUACCUAUCAUGCGGAACGGGUAACCCGAUCGACGACUGCUGGCGGUGCGACCCGAAUUGGGAGAAGAACCGACAGAGGCUAGCGGAUUGCGCAAUCGGUUUCGGAAAGAAUGCGAUCGGAGGCAGAGACGGAAGGAUUUACGUCGUCACCGAUUCGAGCGACGAAGAUGUUGUGACGCCCAAGCCGGGGACUCUCCGUUACGGCGUGAUCCAAGACGAGCCGUUGUGGAUAAUCUUCGCCAGAGACAUGGUGAUCAAGCUGAAAGAGGAGUUGAUAAUGAACUCGUUCAAGACACUGGACGGCCGCGGCGCCAGCGUCCACAUUGCCGGAGGACCUUGCAUAACGGUUCAGUUCGUGACGAACAUUAUCAUCCACGGUCUGAACAUUCACGACUGCAAGCCGGGUGGUAAUGCUAUGGUGAGAGACUCCCCAAAGCACUUCGGGUGGAGGACUAUAUCGGACGGUGAUGGUGUGUCGAUCUUCGGUGGGAGCCACGUGUGGGUCGAUCAUUGCUCGCUGUCUAACUGCCAAGAUGGUUUGAUCGAUGCCAUUCAUGGGUCCACUGCUAUCACGCUCUCGAAUAACUACAUGACGCACCAUGAUAAGGUCAUGUUGUUGGGCCACAGCGAUUCUUAUACUCAAGACAAGAACAUGCAAGUCACUAUUGCUUUUAACCAUUUUGGCGAGGGCCUUGUUCAAAGAAUGCCGAGAUGUAGGCAUGGUUAUUUCCACGUGGUGAACAAUGACUACACUCAUUGGGAGAUGUAUGCCAUUGGAGGAAGUGCAAACCCUACUAUUAACAGUCAAGGCAAUAGAUUUCUUGCCCCAAAUAUCAGAUUCAGUAAAGAGGUGACUAAACAUGAGGAUGCACCAGAGAGUGAGUGGAAGAAUUGGAAUUGGAGAUCAGAAGGAGAUUUAAUGGUAAACGGUGCGUUUUUCACAGCCUCAGGAGCUGGAGCCUCUUCAAGCUAUGCUAAGGCAUCUAGCUUGGGAGCUAGGCCAUCUUCACUAGUUGGUACCAUAACCACUAAUGCUGGCUCACUCAAUUGCCGUAAGGGUUCUCGUUGCUGAUUGUGACCCUUCUAUGAAAAGAAGGAAACUUUAUAUGGUAGUAGACCAUGGUGGGAAGUUUUAAGAAAAAGAAAAAAAAAAAACUACUGAAAAAAAUGAAAAAGAAAAGAAAGGUCAAUCUCUAUGGAAGAUUUACUUUUUCUUUGGCUUCUUUUUAUCUGCCUCUCUUCUCUCCAAUUUUUUUCCAUUUUUACCCCUUGAUACUACCCUUAUCUUUUUUUUUUUUUGUAACCCAAUGUUAUGAUGAUUACAACCUCGGCCUGUUUUUACUCUUAGAACCAUUUUCACAUAUGAUUCUUUUGUUGAGAAUCUUUGAUCAUGGGCUAAGAAAAAAAAGCAAGUGCAAGAAGUGUUGUUGAUAAUAUAUACUAAAUUAUUAUUAUCUGUUUAGUUUUAUAAAAAUGCUUGCUUUA